AUGCAGGUAUUUUCACAGGUGACUAAUGGAGCUUCAGUUCCAACAGAUGCAACUGAUACCCCCAUUCCAAAAAAGGCCGAUAUUAGAUCUCCUUUUCCACCUCCUGGUGGUAUUGACCUGUUGCACGAGGAGGCUAAUGCGCCUGAGGCGCUUGUGGACUACCCAGGGGGUCCUUCGGAUUUAUCUUUAUUGACAGGGUAUGUAGAUCGUACAGCUAGACAUGUUUGGGACGGAGAGGAUAGAGUUCUCCAAAAAUUCUACAACCACGACCGAAAGAUUGUCUCUCUCGUACAGCCUACCAACCCGUGGUUCCAAGAUAUCCUUACAGCUUCUGGGAUGAAGGACCUCUUUCAAAUUGGGUACUCCACAAUAUAUAAUGGGACGCUGAUGGGUACCCUCCUUGGUCACGGUAGGCUGACGAAAGAGGAAGCGAGGGAGGCUCUGAUUAAAGAGCUCGGGGCUAAUCCUGAGGAUGCGCUUGAGAAUGUGGAGAGGACCCGCGACACGCACAUGAGGUUUUCCUUCUUAACGCGACAGUACGAGGCCGAACUCCAUGCAGCACAGCAGGCUACUGGUGCACUAGUAGAGGUGGAGAGACACAUACAGCGGGCAAAUUUGGGGUAUGACAAGCGGCAACACUGGAGUACAACUACCAUAGACUCGGAGAGGGAUGCCUGUGGAAGGCAAGGACUGUGGCUGGGUUGGAAAUUACAGCACUUCCCCGUAAUAAUUGGGUGGGGAGAGGUGCUUGGCUACACUGAGGCCAUGCCGCAUGCUAGUGUCUUCAUCCCCAUCAGAGGGAACCAGGUGUCGGAUCCUUACAAGAAGUCUCUUAACCGCAUGGCUGCAGAAGACAUCUGA